AUGUUUAAUAAUGAUUCUGAAGCCCUAGGUUACAUUACAUGGUGGGGGCUAAGCCCUGCCAUUAAUUUACUCUCUGACCUGUCUGCACCAAAGGAUUCUAUAAAUGUAUUUUUAUUUGGAGCUGUCGACACCAGACACAUGAUCAAAACUGUCUCUGGCUCUAUGAGCAAAAGCUGCAAAAUAAAAUUUAAACUUUUUGAAAGUUGCAUCGAAUUGGUAGCACGACAUAUUUUACAGUUAUACCUCAUUGGUAUGCCAAGAGAAGAUCUCGGACUUCAAGGUAGGCAAUGCAUGCAUGUUUUAAAAUUGAUUUUGACAGAAAAAACUGAAACCUUUCUUGAGAUUUUUGGAAAUACUCUUGUUCGUGAUUCGACUGAAAUUUGGCUUGAAGAAGUAGCCACGAAAUUUAUAAAAAUUGUUACAGGCAAUGGAGUUUUUGAUAUGUUCCACCCAUAUGUUUCAUUAGUCAAAUUAAAAUCAAAGGACCGUGACCACUUGGAGUGCACAUUGAAAUCCUGGAGGCGAAAGAAUUUACCCAAGUUUGAAAUUUCAACUUAUUGGAAUUCGCGCGUUCGUCAGCACCUUGGCGUGCGCUACGAUGCAAUUCCGAAUGUUUUCGAUUGGGAUUGCUCAAUCACCCUUCGAGAUCGUGGGAUAAAAACAUUGGAUAGUCGUGAAUACUCGCGAUGGAGAGAGACGGGCGUGGCGUUCACGCCACGCCAGGCCAGCUACUUGGCUCCCAACAGGACUCUAGCCUCUCCACGCUACUUUUCCCACCGCGUGUCAUCAGGCAGUCUCGGGGGUUCAACGCUGAUUGGCUACUGGGGUGACAUUGUUUGCUCACCUUAUCUUGCAUUCGGGACCUCCACUGACAGAUCGCCGGAGCUGAACCGUUCUCUCCCGGGAGGCAGAGUGCUCUACGGUGCCAGUCUUCUGUCCGAGGUUAAUCUAAUGUGUCUCUUUUGGGAGCUGCAUCAUGGCAGGCCCGCUCCCGCGUCCUUUGUUUCAACGCUGAUUGGCCAGGAUCGAAAGUUUGACAAAUUCGACAAGUCCAAAGAUGAAGAAACAGACGGACAAUCGAAUGACCGGGAGGUCGGUGAGGAUGAAGAAUCGCAAACGCGUGGGAAGCCAGAUGGUGAUCUUACAGAAACCAAUAACUCUGAGACACAAAUCAAGGGAAACUCAGACAGCACCUCCACCGAAAGUCACACAAUUGAAUCACACGGUGACACUACGGGGUCAGAGACGAAAUCUGAAGAGGCGACAUCUUCGAAGCCAAACAUCGAGGCCCUCGAUGAAACAGACGAAGGCUCAGUCAACUUGUGUGAGCGUUUCCAAGUUGACUUCUACUCUCCCGGAACAACUAUUGUGGACCUGAGCACUCGACUGCGGUCACAAUUCGAGGAUGACGCCAACAAGGCCUCGGUGAUCUACGUCGGCUGCUCGUCCCUUAUUUUGCUCAGUAAUGCCACCCAGAGCCUUCUGGAUGUCUGCACACACGACUGCCGUCUCAUCGUCGAGUCCGUCUUGUAUAUUGUGGGUUUGAAGGAGGAAGCCAUCAGGAACUACGUCAAACGAGCUGGCGAGAUCGCCUCGUCUGUUGGUUUCAAGUGGGUGAAACCUGCAGAUCCGAUGAAAGACCAUCAUCUCUUCUUCAUCCGGGACUCGAACCAAGAACACACCUGCUAG